AUGGGGCCAACUGAGGAGGCUAAUAGGAGUGAGAUCGUGGUGGCGGGGAGAGCCAGGUGUAAGGAGGAGGUCCUGGCUGAGGCCACUGCCUUUGUGAGGCAGAAUGGAGGGAAUCCUGGAGACCAGUCCCUGGUUCUGGCUCACUGCAAGAUCCAGUUUGGAAAACACCAGGGCCAGAGGUUCCUGUGGCUGCUGGAGAACUCACUGGGGUAUGCAAUGUAUCUGGUCAGCAGCAUCAUGGGGGAGGAGGAGAGGGACAACCCGCUGUCGGCCAAUAAACACCUGUUCCUCAGAUACACCUCGCAGAUCAGGAGGGAGGCUGUGGAGGUGUACCAGAAAAAACAGGCCAUGCUGCAGGACGCCCAGAGGACGGGAGACUCUGGUUGUCUGAUGGUGGAGUUUGGUGACUUCAAGGGUAGGUCAAUGAAGGAGGUGUAUGAGGACCCAAGUAAGGAGGCUCAGUCUCUCAUCACCUACCUGAGGAAGUCAAAGGCCAGGCCCAACACCAACAUGGCCCUUUUCAAAGCAUACGUGCUGAAGAGGCAGGCUCCAGCCCACCUGCCCACCACCACUAUGCCCGCUGCAUCUGCCCCCUCUGCUGCUGUGCCCACUGCCACUGUGUUUGUUCCUCCUCCACCUGCUGCCACCCAAAGCAGGCCACUGCUGGUUGGCAAUGUGAAGGCCCUGUUGGCGCGGGGGAAGCAUUUAUCUGCUUCACAACUGGCACAAAAGAUUUUGUCGCCAGCCAAACCUUCUGUAGGACCACGUUGCCAUCCUGCGUCUGAGCCCGCAGCCCGGAGACAGCUCUUUACAUGUGACUCUGCUGCUGGGGAUUUUUUGGAGGAGGAAGAUGACGAGGAGAUGGCAACUGUAGCCUCACAAGCUGAGGAGCAACUUCCUCAAGCCACUGCGGCCUCGAGAGGCCCUGCCCUGGCCCCACCUCGUGCUCCUGCCCUGGCCCCACCUCGUGUUCCAGGCCCUGCUGCUGCUCCUGCUCCUCCAGAAUUGUGGACCACUAGCCAGGUGUCCCAUCUGCCUGCAGAGCUUCCUGUGCACUGGAAGGAGCAACUUCCAUCUUUCCAGCAGGACUGGAUCAGGAAGACUCUGUUCAGGGCCAACACAAGAACAGGGAAGCCUGAGCUGACGCCACAUCCCAACUUCUGGUGGUACCCUCCCCAGCCCCCGACCGUCUUCACCCAGCCCCCUGCCUCUCCUGAUAUCUUCUUCUGCCGCCCCCUGUUCCUCUGGAUGCCGCUGAAGAUGUGGUCCAUUCCACUUGUCUGUGUCCAGCCAGCCUGCAGUAACCACAAGCUGACAGCUGCUGGCAUUUACCGCACUGUGCGCAAGGUCCUGGACAUAGACGGGUGGUAUGACAUGGCCACAGAGUAUCUGGAGUGCAAAGGGUGCAAGAAGUAUCCAGCCUGGUCUGAAGACAUCCUGGGACAGCUCGACAUGGGACACCGCAGAAAAUUCCCCGCCAUCCUGACAUACAGGUACUCGUGUGACUACCGUGUAGUCAUUAUGAUGCGGGAGAGGACCCGGGGCAACAGCGUCACGCAGCUUCACAAAAAGCUGCAGGAGCAGCACACCUCAGCGUGGUCACAGCGGACGCUGGAGUACCUCACUGUCUGUGAGCCCUUCACAGACUCCUCCAUCAUUGAGCCUCCAGUCUUCUCUGCACCCCCGCCCCUCCCACCCAUCCCCAAACCCAAGUGGCUGUUGUCUGUGUAUGCCAGGGACGUCCUCUCACGGCUACCGGAGGUCAAGGCCAAAAUAACUUCGGUCUUUGGGUCUGUCCUCAAGAUGGACUCCACCAAAAAGGUCACUAAAAAACUGGCCGGUGCUGCUGCCAACACUGCUGGUUGGUGCUCUAAUGUGGGCAAUGAGCACGGCCAGGUGUUGGUGUCAGUGCUGACAGCGGCAGAGGGGCAUGGACUGUGGCCCAUGGCGGCGGGGCUCAUGAAGAGGUACAGGGAGGCGGGAGUGGCACCGCCCGCCAUCAUGUACGUGGACAGAGACUGCUGCAGCCCACACGCACACGGACAGUCGCAGGUCAGAGCCAUGUUUGCAGAGUGGGAUGAGCUCCAAGUGCGCCUGGACAUCUGGCACUUCAUGCGGCGCUUUGCGGCAGGCGUCAUCACAGAGGCUCAUCAGCUCUACGGCACCUUCAUGACUCGGCUUUCCAGGUGCAUCUUUGAGCUGGAUCCAGAGGAUGUCGCUGCCCUUCGGCUGGCCAAACAGGGGGAGCUGCAGGCCAGAGGAGCUGGUCCAGUCUCAGAGAAGGCCCUGGAUAAGCUGAUCACCAGGAAGGAGUUGUCGCUGCACUGUCGCAAGCGCACCAGAGGAGUGGAGGAGACCACCAGGAGGAUCAGGGCGCUCAUUGAAGAGAUGGACAGUGAGAAGGGGAGGGACACUCUGGGCGUACCACUGCUGGACCACGAGCGCAUCCAACAGGUCUGGAUAGACCAGCAGAGGCACAUUGCCUGUAUUCAGGAUCCAGAGGGCUUCCCUCUGUACCAGAAGACAGGCACACUGAAGAAGGGUGGUGUGGAGCUCAGAUGCUACCGGUGCGCUCGUGGCUCCACCUCUUUGGAGUCUUUUCACCUCCACUUGAACCGCUUCAUCCCAGGGACCAGUGCCAGUGAUGCGCAUUUCCAGGCCUAUCUCCUGGAAGGCCUGAUGCGCUGGAACCAGGACCGUAUGGAUGAAGCGGUGGGGGGAAAGACUGACCUGAGGACCUACAGCAGCGCUGAGAGGGAGGCCAUGGACCGGCUCAGCCGAAAAGUGCUGAAGACGUCCCUGGAUGAGCACUACCAGCCUCCAGGGGCUUACACGGGAGAGCUGCUCGGGAUGGAGUAUCUGUACAGUCAGUCUGGGAAAUCCCUGUCUGUUAUGGAUAACCCGGAGGAGGAGGAUCGGCUGGUGGAGCAGAAGGACGAUGAGGUGGUACAGGACGAAGGCUUUGUUGAGGAGGAACCAGAGGACCUCACAGUGCCAGUCCUCUAUGACGCCAUUGAGACUGUCCCAGUCCACAGCAGUGGCUCCCAGGCCUUCAACCCGUCCCUCCGCACCGGGACCAUCCUCACUGCACCUCCUCUGCAGUCUCCUCAGCUGCGCCCUGCUCAGCCUCCUCUGCAGUCUCCUCCACAGCCUUCUGCCCAGCCAAGUGCUGCCUCUGGUCCUGCAACAUCAACUGGGUCCAGUGUUGCAGACCAGGCUCCUGCUCCUGUUCUUGGACCCAGUGGCGUCGCAGGCUGGGAUAAGGUGCAGGAUCUGGCUGAGUACCUGGUGUCCCUCCGUCAGGCACUCUAUCUGGACGAGCAGCAGGUCACAGAGGUCAUCCGUCUGUGGACUGCUCUUCCUGAUGGGGACAAGAGGAGGAUCCAUUAUCAGCCCAGACACCAGCCCAAGCUGACCCAUGGACGCUUCAAGCCGCCGAAAAAUACAGGAGUGACACCAGGUGUGGACAGUGUGAAGAGGUGCCUGAUCGGUCAUCCUGGGGGGCCGGCUCAGUGGCCCAGCACCAGUCGUUUAGUUGAGGCCAUGUGCAUCAAACUGUGUGCACUGCACAAGUCCCCAACUAAAAAGGAUGGAGUCCGUCUUCCUCGUUGGACUAAGGUGCUCAACGACUACCACCACAUCCGAGACCUGGUGCUGAACUGCCACACUCUGAUGGAGGCCACGUCACUUCAGCUGUUUGUGCUGAAUCAGAGGACUCUCACUCAGUGGUUUAAUCGAAGAGAGAACACCCAGGAAGUCACUGUCCUCUCCCAGGGCCUUGCUGCAGAGGACCGCCUCGCUGUGGCCAGCUCACAGCUUCCUGCUCCGCGGGAAAGCCUGGAUGAGGCUCCCUCCACAUCAGGGGCCCGGCACGAAUUUGUCCUGCCUCCAAACCGAGCGGGACAGGCUCCUAAGCUGCGGCCUGGCAAACGACCUGCCAGUGCUACAGUUGUGCGGCCCAUCACCCCAGCUGCUCCUCUUCCUUUAGUUCCUGCGCCACUGCCCCAGUUUUUUGUUUUGCAGGUGGCCCUUCAGCUGCUCCUCUCCUGGCUCCAACUCCUGUGUUUCCUGCCGCGCCCGAGGCUCCUGCUCCCACUGCCCCAGUGUCUGUGUCCCGCUUCACGCAGAGAAACAGACGACGCAGGGCAGAAGAGGAGGCCAGUGGAGCUCACAAAAGACGAUAUGUCCGUGAAGCGGCAUUUAACAAAUGCUCCAAGUGUGGCCAGCCCAAAACAAAGGAGUUCGGCCACAGCCGGUUUGGCAGUGCCACCUUUUGCCCCAGUGUCUCUGGUGGCAAAUCUUUAG